GGAGGUCGGCGUAGAAUGGCUGGAGAACGACGAGAGUGCGAUGAAGGAGCCGAUCGUGAUCGAGGCUCCUGAGGGGCUGGGGAUGAAGAUGCCGCUGAAGAGCUUCACGGUGGAGGAUGUUGCGACGGUCAUAGGGGAGGAUUCCCCAGUGGAGGUCAUUGACGUCGCUACACAGUCGAACGUCCCCGGAUGGACACUGGGCAAGUGGGCAGAGUACUACAACCAAGAGCCUUCCGCCCGCGACAAAGUCCGAAACGUCAUCUCGCUCGAGAUAUCUGGGACGGAGCUUGCGGACAAGGUGCUCCCGCCACGGGUGGUACGCGAGUUGGAUUGGGUGGAGAAGUUCUGGCCCAGUACGAAGAGGGGCAGAGGGAACGCGUACCCGAAAGUGCAGCUGUAUUGCUUAAUGGGCGUUGCCGGUGCUUGGACUGACUGGCAUGUCGACUUCGCUGGAUCUUCCGUCUACUACCACAUCCUGCAUGGUACCAAAGUGUUCUACUUCAUCCGGCCGACUGCUGCGAACCUGCAUGCGUACGAAAGAUGGUCGGGGACGGAGAUGCAGAAUCACUCGUGGCUGGGCGAUCUGUGCGACGAGGUCUUCAAGGUCGAGCUUCACGACGGAAACACUAUGAUCAUCCCGACAGGAUGGAUUCACGCUGUGUACACGCCGGAGGACACGCUCGUAUUUGGCGGCAACUUCUUGCAUUCGUACAAUGUCCCGAUCCAGCUGAAAGUGCGCGAGAUCGAAAUCAACACGCAUGUGCCGAAGAAGUUCAGGUUCCCUCACUUCGUCAAGCUUUGCUGGUACGCUGCCGAGAAGUACCUCCGUGACCUGAAAGCCAAGGAAGAGUUCUCCGCGCGCGUACUCGAGUCCAUCGAAGCACUGGCGGACUUUUUAGUCGGGGAGGCGCGUGCGAUGGAGCGCGGCACGGACCAUGCGAAGCGGGAGGCCAAAGAGCAAGUACCAGGCGACCGUGUGAAGGACGCGCCGGCGGUCGCACGAGAGCUGCGCUGGCGCGUGCGGCUUGCGCGAGGAGAGCCCAGCGACGACGAGGGGCGUGGACACAGAAAGCAGUUGAAGAGCAACGGCAGCGCCGACAGCCUGUCGAACGGCACGAGCGCGAAGCGAAAGCGCACACCUGUCACCGACGACACCGGGAUGUUCAGGAAUUUUACGCCCAGGCUGUGGGAGCGCGUCGUUACUGAGCCCGUCGAGCGGGAGAGCCGCAUGAUCAAGGCUCGGCGGCCAGCGCCGGACGGGGAAGACUGGAAGUCGCGUUGGGUGGAAUGGAAGGAGGGUGUGGACUGGGAGAGCGAGGAAGGGGCAGGGGAGGUGCAGAUAGAGCGGAGAAAAGACGUCAUCGUGAAGGUGAGGAGGACAGAGAAGGGGGUCGAGAGGCAGCGGGUCGAGAGGGUGCUCGAGGAGUGGGUUUGGGGAGGUCAAGAAGCUCAAGAUCAAGCAGACGUGAAGGCUCCAGUGGUGAAAGAGGACGGGGAUGUGGACAUGAGGGAUCCAUCGGCCGUCGCUAUUGCAGAUGGAGGAACGACGAAGGUGGAGGACCGUCCGGAGGCUUCGGAUUUGAAUGGACAUGCGAUGGACAUCGUCACCUCCAACGAGACGGUGCCUCAAGCAGCAGCAGCCUAGGAUUCGCUCUAUCAUUAUUCACUUCGCUUUGUAUAAUCUUCUUGUCUUCGUCGGGAAAUUAAGUCUUGCCAUGGCUUGGA